AUGGCAGCCAACAACGAAUGCGAUAUCGCGCCGCAAAACACCGUAACCAGUCACGCAUCGAUUUCGAGCGCUCAAGCUAUUGGUAGCUCACCAAUAGAUCCCCUACAAGUCAAACACGAGUACCGAUCGCCUUCAACGAGUAUCGACUUUCCACUUCCUCCUGCGCCUGCUUCGAGUCUCCAGUCGAUCUCUCAUAAGAAUACCGGUGGUUGCAAGCGAGAUGAUUCCAUUACACCAGUUGACUCUGAGGAUGCUUCAUCGACUUCUCUCUCGCCGUGCUUGAGAUCGCUUCUGACGUCUCGUCAUAUUGCAAAGGCCGCUUCUUCACCUGAACGCCUUGUCGCUCCUGUCAAUUUAACUGUUCCAGAUUCAGGUGCUGGUGAUGCCCGCUCAUCAAGUGCCAGCUCGCCCAGCCUUGUUCUCAAGCUGAAACUUCGUGGCAUACAGGCUGUCCUCCAGGAGCCACUCCACUCCACCGACAAAUACACUUCGCAAUUAUACGGCUCUCCAGACGGGAAGCGCACCUCAUCUGAAGCAGAAUUUGAAGAUGACUUCGACACCGACUCUGAAAUCGACAUCAUGUCACUCAAGAACAAGGUCAUCAAGCCGACGGUGAGGAGAAAGGGCACGCGCAUCAGCUCACAAAGGAGCGCGAAGGCGAAGAAACAUCGCGAUGGCAGCGGCAGCGAUUUCAAGGACGAAGAUGCCAUGUUUGACGCAGGAGAUGAAGACAGCUCUCCCAUCUCACCUGACAGCAAGCUCAUCCUGUCAACCAACAUGCUCAAGCGCUCUGAGCGUAUCAUGGAUCCUGCCAACCCAGAGCAUGCCAAGCUCAUCGCCGCUGCAACCAAGGCUGGUUCUGAGUACUACGACAGCGACAUGGAGGAUCUGCCUGGUGACGUGAAAGAGACAAACAAGCCGCACCUCUUUCGCAAUGUGAAGUGGGGCUUUCUCGCAACAGACUACUCCCAAGAUGCUGUCUUCACCACGGAACCUGAGUUCACACAGUUCGUACCUGGCCGCUUCGAGCGCCUGCCUGACGGCACCGCUUCUGACCAGAAGUCCAAACUCAUCAUCAAGCUUACAGAUAAGCAAUACCGCCAGCGCAUCUUUCUCAAUCCGCCGCCGCGCGACUGGAACAACCAAGAAGCCAUCACUGCACUCAACAAGCGCACUGUUCAGCAGAUCCGGCGCAACACGUCGAUUCGCUUCCGCGAGGUCGUUGAGCCGUACGUCAUGGAGGAGCGCGAGUGGAUCUUGGCGCACUUGACCGAGGGAAAACCUUCCAACGGAUGGAAGACGUUUGUCCAUGACUUCAACCGGAAAUUCGAGGGUCGGAGGCUGGAGGAGGGCGGCGUGGCGAGGCCAGAGAGGAGCCACAGCAGCCUCACAAAGGAAGUUGAGCGCUUUGGCAAGAUGUACAGCAAAGGUAUUGUACCAAAGAAUACAUCGCAGGGUAUGGAAAAGACGAAGGAAAAGACGAAGGGAAAGAAGACAGAGUAG